CAUUCUUGCUAGCUGCUUCUGCUUGCAUAUAGGUGUUUUUAAACUAAAUCAUUCGAAAAAUUUUUACGAGCACGAUCGUGACUGCGCUGAACGUUUAUUCCAUUGUUCGUUUUUAAAUAAGAACGAUAAAAUGUCGUUUAGGGUGUUUUCCCGGAAGUUUUCUGCUGGCAAGCAAUUACGCGCCAUCAUGGACGAGCAGUUCACUCCCGACAAGCUCAAGGCCUACGAAAAACCCGAAGUCCUCCAAGGUUUGGAAUUAUGGAAGAAAGUGACCUAUUUUAUUGGUUUACCAGGAUGCUUGUUGGCAAGUAUUUACUGCAUCAAUGGACAUUUGGAACACGAAAAACACUCAUCGCGACCAGAGUUUGUUCCAUAUGAACAUUUGCGUAUCAGAACUCGGCGAUUCCCAUGGGGAAAUGGAGAUCAGACUUUGUUCCACAACCCAAAAUUGAAUGCUACCACUCAUGGUUAUGAAGUAGAUGAAUAAACAUGGAAUGUUUUCUAUAUUUGUUUUAUUUAUCUGUAGUUACAUAAUACCAAUUUAAUAAAGUAUAUUAUACCGGUUCUGUAAAAAAUAAGUCAGUCUAUAAACCAAUUAUGUAUAUUUAAUGAAUAAAUGAGACCUUUUUGUAGACUUAAAA